AUGAGACUGGUGCCGUGGGCGUGUGGGCUCAGCGCGCUCGUCGCCGUCGCUGAGGCCGCGCUCUUCGCGCGAAACUCACCCGUGCUGCAUCUGACGCCUGACAACUUUGACAAGGAGGUGCUCGAAGUCCACAAGCCGGCGCUCGUGGCGUUCACGGCGCCGUGGUGCGGAUACUGUCGCAACCUCGCACCGAGCUUCGAGCGCGUCGCGGCCGAGCUGGAUGGCGUCGUAAAGAUCGCGUACGUCGACUGCGAUGACAGCGCCUCCCAGGCCCUAUGUGCCAAGUACGAGAUCAAGGGCUUUCCCACGAUCAAGCUGUUCCCCGCGACCAAGCGCCGCGUGCCUCGCGACUAUCUCGGCGAGCGCAAGGGCAAGGCGAUGAUGAACUAUGUGCUCGACGCCCUCCCAUCCGAGGCCGUGCGUAAGCUCGAUGCAUCGUCGCUCCCAGCUUUCCUUGCCAAGGGCUCGACGCCCAAAAUCGUCCUCGUCACGCCGAUGGGCAAGACAUCGCCGAUGCUCCGCUCCCUGGCCCUCGACUAUCUCAAACGCAUUCCCUUUGCACACGUCUUUGCCGGCAAAGACGGUGUCGUAGAAAGCAUGCAAAAGCAGCUCGAUCCUGAGCUGACCAAGGACAAACUCCCCGGUCUCUACUUUGUCGCCCACGACGACAAGCCCGUCAAGUACCGUGGCUCGAUGAAGUACCGCUACAUCAAGCUGUGGAUCGACGAGCAGCUGGGCGGCGCAGACGCACAAGCGGCGCGCCUGCAGCGCGAGGCAGAGGCCAAGGCCAAGGCCGACCAAGAGGCCGAGGCCCGCGCACGGAUCAAGGAGCGCAUGCCGUCCCAAGAGGGGUCGACCUACGGCAUGAAACACAACGACGACAAUGUCGAGCAGCUGCGCAAGUUUGAAGAGGCGUUCGUGCGCAUGAACGAAGACGAGGCCAUGCAGCAGAUCAAGCAGCAGACCGACCGCGCCUACAUCAAAAAGCUGCUCGACGCACGCGCCAAGCUCAUGGCCCAGGAAGGCGUGCAGGACAGCACACCGCAAAAGCCUCUCACCAAGGGCAUGCUGAUGGACAAGCUGCAAGAGCACAUGGGCGAAAAGUACGGCCUGCGUUUGGCCGAUCAUGCCGAGCAGACCCAAAAGACGAUCGAGCGCAAGCUGAUGGAACAUCCAGACGACACGGUCGGUGCCAUGAACGAGGCCGAGCACGAGUUUAUCGCGCUCCUCCGCGACGAUCAGGCCGAGCUUGAGACGCAGAUCCAGGCACGUGCGGAUCUCGACGGCUACGUCUUGUCGCAAGAUGCGAUCGAUGCCAUGAACGAGACCCUCGAGACGAUCCUGGGCCUCAUCAACACGAUCGAGUUCCGCAUCAGCGCCCGCACCGCUGGUCUCGAUGAACGCCAGACGGCCGAGAAAAUGCUCAAUCAGUUCCACGACGAACUCUAA